AUGACAUACAUCACAGAAAAUACAUAUAACUACAAUAUAUUUAGUUAUAAAGAUAUUAUGAAUCCUAAACCAGUUGAUUUAGAAAUAAAAAGAGAAGAAAAGAGUGAAAUACAAACAAUUAGUAAUACAAUAGAUGCAUUUAUUGAAUUACCUGGAAAUAAAUAUUCUGAUAUUAUUCCAACAUAUCUAAAAGAAAAUAAUAUUUCAUUAAAAGACAUUUUACUAACAAUUCAUCAAAUUAGUAAAUCAAAAAUUAAUAUAAAUGAAAGAGGUAUUAUUUCCCAAAUAACUGAUGUACAUUUUGUAUCAACUUUAUUUUAUUAUAUGAGAUUAUGUGUAUUAUCUUAUGGAAAAUGGGUAUAUAUUCAAGGAGAUAAAGAUGAUAAUAUUUUUAAACGUGCUUUUACUAUUCAAUCAUCUUCAGAAGAUGUUGAUUGGAAAUUAGCUCAAAAGUUAUGUGGUUUAGAUAAAACUGCAUUUGUCAAAUAUCAAUGGACUUCUGAAAUCUUUGACCCUGCCUAUUUCAUUGUUGUCAUUGACUCAUUAAAAACUAUUUCUGUUGUCAUAAGAGGUACUUUUUCUCUUAAUGAUGCUAAAGUAGAUUUAUGUGCUAAACCUGUACCUUAUAAUUUUGCUGGAAUCGAUGGAUUUACUCAUGCUGGAAUCUAUAAAGCUGCUCUUAAUAAAUAUCAACAAAUCAUCCCAACACUAAAAAUGCUUAGACUGAAAUACCCCUCUUUUCAAAUCACUAUUGCUGGUCAUUCUCUUGGUGGUGGAGUUGCCCAAUUACUGACUUUAGAAAUUAAUAAAAAUCACCCUGAUUGGUUAGUUCAUGGUUAUUGUUUAGCACCUGCAUUAGUUCUUUCAUUGAAUAUAGCUUCAUCACCAUUAGUUCGUUCAUUGAUUGAUUCAGUAGUAUCAAAAAAUGAUAUUGUUCCUAGACUCUCUUUUGACUCAAUUAAAAAUAUCCAACCAUUAAUCAAUGAGUUUCGGUCAAUUUACAAUAAUACCAGUUUAAUCUCUCUUAACUCAAAAGAAACAACUGAACAAUACCAACAAGCUUUCAAUCGUUUUUAUGAAUCAACAAAUACUAUUGACUCAUCAGUCUUAGUACCACCAGGAAGAGUAUUUCAUAUCCAAAAAAGAAAAGAACAAGACAUUAAAAAAUAUUGGUUGUAUGAACGAGAAAAUAAAGAGUUUGGUUGGCUUUUUAUUAAAGUAUUAAGUCUUAGUGAUCAUUUUCCAUACAACUAUUAUUACGCAUUAUCACAAGUUGUUAAUGAGAUGACAAUAGAAUAA